AUGAUUUCGAUUUCACCACCACCUCAUUCACAUAGUCCACCGUCAAGUGGUGCAUCAACAUCAAAUGGUGGUGGUUCUUCCUCCGAUGCAUGUAAUGGAAUUGUUGCAAAUCUUUUAUGUCAUCGACAACGAACAAAUGGUGAAAGUGAAACAUUUGCUAAACGAGCUAUCGAAAGUUUGGUGAAAAAACUUAAAGAUAAAAAGGAUGAACUUGAUGCAUUGAUUACAGCAGUAACAUCAAAUGGACAACUGCCAACAAAAUGUGUAACUAUUCAAAGAACACUCGAUGGAAGAUUACAAGUUGCCGGUAGGAAAGGUUUUCCACAUGUUAUUUAUGCUCGUAUAUGGCGUUGGCCUGAUUUACAUAAAAAUGAGUUAAAACAUUUAAAAAUCUGUCAUUUAGCAUUUGAUCUUAAACAAGAAUAUGUUUGUGUAAAUCCAUAUCACUAUGAACGUGUUGUUUCACCUGGAAUAGACUUAGCAGGAAUGCCACUGGUACCUCGUUUUCAAUUACUCGGCCAUAGUGAUCCAUCUUCGUCGAAUGAUCGUGAUCUUUAUUCAACAUCUGAUGGAUAUCGUUAUAUGAAAGAUUAUAUAGAUGAACAAAAUUCACCACAAGCAAUAGGUGCCAUUCAACAUCCUGCACCGGAUACAACUAGUCCUAGUCCACCACAUCAAUAUGCUGCCAAUGGAAAUACUGUUUCUACUGUUAGUAGUUUUCCUGCAACAUUACUUCCACAAGAUGGCAAUGUUCCUCUAUGGGCACAAUCAGCAUCAGCCUCAACUAGUAGCUUAUGGCAACAACAUACACUUGUUCCGACAAGUGUUCCAUCAAUUCAACCGAUAACAUUAAUAAAUAAUAUUGGUGAAUAUUGGUGUAGCGUAGCUUAUUAUGAACGUGAUGUUCAAGUGGGUGAAACAUUUAAAGUUCCAGAUACAUUCAAAGAAGUGACUAUUGAUGGUGGAAUGGAUAUGACUACAGUUGGAGAUCGAUUUUGCUUAGGACCUUUAAGUAAUGUUUAUCGUACAGAAGCUAGCGAAAAAGCAAGACUACAUAUUGGUAAAGGUAUUCGUGUUGAGUGUCCAAAUGAAGGUGAUAUAUGGAUACGAUGCAAUAGUGAACAAGCCGUUUUUCUUCAAUCACAUUAUCUUGAUCGUGAAGCUGGCCGAGCACCAGGUGAUGCUGUUCAUAAAAUUUAUCCUCAAGCUUGUAUAAAAGUUUUUGAUAUACAACAAUGUCUUUCUCAAAUGGAUCAACAUGUAAAAAUGGCAUUACAUACUCGAAUGCAACAGCAAAUUCAUGGUCAAGCAAUACCACCGUCAGCCAAUUUAAGUGUGGAUGAUUUAAGACGUUUGUGUGUGUUAAGACUUAGUUUCGUAAAAGGAUGGGGACCCGAUUAUCCAAGACAAUCCAUCAAAGAAACUCCAUGUUGGAUUGAAAUACAAAUUCAUCGGGCACUUCAAUUACUCGACGAAUUCUUUAAUUCAAUGAAUUUUCAAUCAAAUGUUACAAGUUCAUCGUCGAAUCCGUCCGUAUCGAGUAACAACAGUAGUUCAUCACAUUCAACGACAUCAAUCGAAUCUGCUUCUACUCGUCCGCCGCAACAUGGUUAA